AUGACCUCGCAAGAUCCUACCGCGCCCACGCAUCCCGUGCACGUCGUCCAGACGUUGGAAAGCUACAACGAGCUGCUAUCGUCACACCAAUAUGUCGUGGUUGAUUUCCACGCCACCUGGUGUGGCCCCUGCAAAGCCAUGAAUCCCCUCUUUACCCAACACGCCACAAAGCACGCUUCUCCUGGCCAAAUCGCCUUUGCCAAGAUCGACAUCGACGAGGUGCCCGACGUAGCGGCGCGGUACCGCGUCACUCACAUUCCCACGUUUCUCUUUGUCCGCAACGGCGAGGCAUAUGAAGAGGUCCGGUCCGCCAACCCGCCCAAGCUUCAGGCUGCGAUCGAGGAAAUGGCCGCUGAACAGAUCGCAAAGGGAAAUGUGACGGCCGCGGGAAAAGGUGGUGCCAAGGAUGACGGUAAUGAGGUGGCCAAGGCUAUCGAGGACAGCGAUUGGUAG